AUGGCGAUGCCGUCCUCAAAUGGCCAUAGAUACAAACUUGAAGAGCUAUCAUCUAGGAAAUACAUUGUGAGUUUAACUGAUGAAGUGUUGCAAGGAGACGCUCGGGAUUCUCUAACCGUUGCAAAGAACCAAUUUCCUCUUAAAGAUGAUAAACUUGCACAGCAGGUAGAAAUAGAUUCACGCUCCGUCUUCGUUAGGAAUAUCUCGGAAACUAUUACACCAGAAAUGUUGGAAGAACAUUUCAGAGACAGUGGGAUUAUUAAUAGGGUCACAUUACUUUAUCAUAAACACAGUACUCUUCCGAAAGGAUAUGCUUAUAUUGAAUUUAAUGAACUGCAAUCUGCUAAAAAGGCACUGUGCUUGGAUGGGUCGACCUUAAACGGAAAUAGCAUAUCUGUCACGAAGAAAAGGACGAAUCUGCCGAGGUACGAGCGCUCACUCCAUAAGAUCAAGAAUCACAAUAUAAUAGCUCUAAAUUCUCUAAAGGAAAGGUAA